AGUGAGUUAUCUUUUUUAAAUCAAUUGAUCGUUCAUUCACCGCUGAUGUUUUUACGGUGUUAUUUUAUGAUAAUAAAUAAAUAUAAACGAUAAUUGCGAAAUAAAAGCGAUUGUAAUGCUCAGCAGUAUUUAAAACUAGUGCAAUAAAAUUAUCAGAAUCAAUGUUCUAUGCUAAAAUAUUGAUUGGCGUUGUAAAAGCUAUCUUUGUGCAAUCUACCUGCAUUGUAGAAAAUAUUUUCGUGAAUAAUUAUCUUUGACGGGACAAAUAAGUUUUAAAUGGACAAUGUUUAGCGUGUACACCUUAAUGCGUAGUAUGCAUGUUUACUAGUGAUUCAGCAGUUCUCCCCCAAGGGCCGAAGAUAUUUUGGUAAGUAUCGCUCUGAUGACGUAACUUAAGACGCCUAACAAUGACGUCAUUUGCAAAUCUGACGCAGUCUCUAGCAUCGAGUCUGCCAUCGACUUCGGGUGCCAGCGGCUCUGGCCAUAGCUCCAACGACCAGGAGGAUUCGCUGGCUAUGUCACACAUCAUAUGCAACCUCCUGGAAAAUAUGAAUAAUCCAUCGAGCCUCCAAGGCGGCGGAGCGUCGAGCUCAACAUCUUCCACCUCGCACUAUGACAUCUGGGCCCUACCAGCGCCCGUUAUGCAGAAUCCGCUGGGACCUAUAAGCCGUGAGUACAAUUCCAAUAACAACCACCAUCAAGACAACUCGAGCGGCUCACCAGGGACCUCGUCCUCCGUGUCCAUCAACUGCUACCGCUGCGACUCGCGCAGCCCAACGAUUCGUUGUCUCGAAUGCAACGAUUUGUAUUGUCACGACUGUUGCCAUAAAAGUUCGUCUGAAUGUCAAAUUCGGGAACACACGCUGCUUCCUAUACACCAAAUAUCGCCUAUCGGUGUCAGGCCUAACUCUGUAAACUAUAUAUCUACUGUCAAUAUGAGCCACAUAGAGAAAGAUUACAUGUUCUGCGAGAUACACGGCGAUCUCGUCAGAUUUUACUGUGAACCGUGCAUCAUCUAUAUAUGUAACGAGUGCACGUUGUGGGUGCACAGAGAUCACAGUUAUUUUCCCAUAAAAGGUGCUCUAGACGUCAGUCGCGUCGGUCUGUUUAGAUGUAUAGAUAACACAAAGAGAGGAACAAAAGCAGUAAAGACUGCAAUAGACCGCGCUGUAAUUCUGUCUAAAGCUUAUGAGAAAGAAACAGCUGAGGCCAAUAUGAAAAUAAGAAAGGCGAUGCGUUGUUUUGCACAGGCUAUCGAAGAUAGAGAAAAAUAUUUGUUGGAUAAAGUAGAAAAGAUGCGUCAACUUAAAAUGAAUGAACUCUCAGAUCACAUGAAUACACUGAGAGGUAUUUUAGCUGGCUUAGCACACACGAAUGAGACUUUGGUGCGAAGUAUGCACUUUGAAGGGGUAGAUUUGUACUUGGCAAAAGAGAAAGGAAAACAACAAGUUGAAUAUUUUGCUAACACAUUUAAGACCAUGUACGUGUCAGAAGAUCGAAUUAUCUUCAUCCCCCCGAAUUACGACAUAGUGGACUUGCUGAAGAGACAGUGUGAUGUGUAUUCCACACCGUCCACUUCGUUGCCUAGCCUGCCAUCGACGUCGUCAUCUUCCCGUCAGAUAAUGCCUAUGCAGCCUUCUCAGAGCAUGCAGCAGGCCAAUUACAAUAUGGCAGGACCUAGUAACAUGAGAUCGUUACAGGACUACGCAGGGCCAUCACACUCGCGCUCGAACAAUUAUUAUGACCAUAACGUUUCGUCAACCCUAGCAAUUGAAUCUAACCAUACGCGCGGCACAGGUCAAGCUAUAUCUGGAUUUUGGAUGGCUGUGUCUGUGAGACCCACUAGGAGCCCAGUUCCUGGAGUUCCAAUGCUCUCGUUCGCUCGCGAAGGGCAGGACGAAGGACAAGUGUCCAGGCCGUGGGGCUUGUGUGUAGAUAGAGAAGGAAAUAUCAUUGUUGCUGACAGAAGGAACAACCGAAUCCAGAUAUUCAGCAGCCGAGGUGAAUUCAAAACGAUGUUUGGAUCUAAAGGCACCGGGCCCGGAGAGUUCGACCUUCCGGCCGGCAUCACUACUGACAGUUUUGGACGCAUUAUUGUGAUUGAUAAAGAUAAUCAUAGAGUUCAAAUAUUCACAUCUUCUGGUAACUUUAUUCUCAAGUUUGGUUCCUUCGGCAAGGAAUGUGGACAAUUCCAGUAUCCUUGGGAUGUUGCCGUAAAUUCCCUGGGUAAUAUAGUUGUCACUGACACGCGUAAUCAUCGUAUUCAACUGUUUACUAGCGAUGGAACUUACAUAACCAAGUUCGUCUUCGAAGGUGCUAACCCGGCUAAAAUGCUGAAAGGACCUACAACUCCUCGAGGUGUGUGUUUCACGACAUCAGGCAACAUUAUAGUGUCGGACUUCGAGAAUCAUCGUCUGCUAAUGGUGGACCCGACUCUAUCUAAAGUGCUGUAUUGUGUGGGUCGUGAAGGUUCAGGAAUCGGUGAACUUAAUCGCCCAUCAGGGAUAGUGACUGACGAUGACGGACGUAUAAUAGUCGCCGAUUCCAAGAAUCAUCGUGUGUUAGUGUUUACGUCGGAACUUCGUAUACUAUGGGCCGUGGACUUGAAGAGUCCCGGCCUCGACGACAAGGACCGGCCCAGCGACGUGGCACUCACGCCGGAAGGCUUCCUCGUCGUACUGUUCGAGACGCUCCCCGACACCGCGCGCGACAUUUCCUCUCACGGCAAGCAAUACAUCAAAGUAUAUUAAAUAAUAUUUUUAUUAUUGUACCUAAUGUUAAGGCCAACUAAGUUCGUGGACCUAAGGUCAUCCGUAUAUAAUUUUAUUUUUUUCGAUUUAUUUGUGAUUUAUUUGACAAUGUGCCAAUUUUAUUAUUAACGUUUGGAAAAAUUCAAUCGAGCAUAGCUUGCGCGGAGAGCUAUAGUUUGCCCAUCAGCCUCUAGUCGAUCGAUGGACGGCGAUGUGCGAGCCAUGUUCUCCAAGAGUCCUGAUGUAGUUUUCGUUACCAGUUCUUUGAUUUUCGUUUCUGCAUUUGACUAGUCUCUAAGGACCAAACAAUGUUUGCAGUGUAACUUACAAUGUAAUUUAGACGCCGCAAGUAUAAAUAGCUAUCAUAAUCUGUAUAACUGUAGAACAACACCAAACUCAUAGUCGGUGCACUAAAUAUUUAAAGUCGAUUACUAUGUACUUUCCGGUCCGAUCCCUGCGAUGUAUCGCUAAAAUAAUCGAAUAGAGAAAUCAUAAAGAUAAAUAUUAUAGAUAAUCACAAUGUGAUGUAAAAGAUGUUUUUUAUGUGAGAUAAAUUAAAGGAUAACUUGAAAAGUAUUUUUCCACAAUGUUAAAUUUUGCGUUCUUUUAACUUGGUUAAAUUGAUUAAUGCUGACGUUUGAUACGUAUUUUUAUGAUUAGUUAUUUUUGCAUAAUGAUUUAGGUGCAUACAUAUAAUUAUGUUUAUUAUAGUCAAGCACGCGUCGUCCCCACCCGGCGGCGACGCUCGGCUUCGACUAUGUUCGUAUUAUUUACUUCUUAUCGCUUUUUCUGUUUAUUUUUCGCGGCUUGAUACGAUGGGAUGUGAAAAUGUAUGGAUGAGCAAAAGAAUCAAUGCAAUAAAACUUUAAGACUGACUUUAGAAGACUGUCUUAAAGAAGUUGAGUUGCCCCGCCACUUGGCGGCCGCAACAGGCGGCAGUCGCGACUUGCGGUGUCGCUCGAUUUAAACCAAAAUUCUAAGUAUUAUUGUAACAUUCGGCAAAUAAACGAAUACAUCGUUUCAAAUCUAUGCUGAUGAUCUUUUUGUCGUAUUUGCUUAUGAUACGUGAUAUUUUUUUAUUUUCGUAUGUAAAACGUGAAAGUUUUUUUUUAUAUUUUAUUUCGUAUUUUUUAUGUCGCAAUCCUUUGACUGCCGGAUUGAUCGGGUUUAUUAAACGUAAUGUUAGUCAUGAAUUAGUAUUGAGUGUGAAUGGAGUGGCGUUCCGAGAUUUAUUUACUUGGAUAAAUAAAUGUAAUGCCGGUGACGGUGUGCGUUACUGUCGAGUACGGAUGGGUACCCGCGUACAACUGUAGGAUCGGAUAGUUGAGAGUGCGUGCCUCUCCCGAGUUUGUUCCACGCACUUUCAGUAUUCUAGCUAAUUGAAAGAUAUUCCGAUAUCUAAAUUAAUUAUGAUUUUAAUUAAUUAUUAUUCGCGUGGUCGUAUACAAUUUUCUAUUAGUUCAAAUAUUAUAGUGAAAUUCUUUUGAGUAAUAAAUGCUAUCAAAUUGAUACGAUAUUUUUCAAAACAUAAUAUGUUAGGUGACUUUGAGAUACACCCCUAUAUGUGUUCAGUCGGUAUGUGUUCACUUAAUAUAAUGAAUUGUUAGAUAAAUAAUUUAAACCUAAGUUUAGUUGCAUGCGAGAUGGUUAAGUUGAGUAACGAGGGACGUAUUAGAUUGUGUGCAUCGUACUCCCGUCAUGGUUUUCAAUAAUUUGACACCCUGCCAUCAGUACUUUAUCUUAUUUUCUUUUUCUAACGUCAAGUCUCAAGAACAUUGUCUGAUCUAAGUUAUCCUACAAUUUAUCGUUUGAAAUGAAUUUACAACUGUUUUUGAUGAAAUGUAGUUAGAGGAAUUGUUCAGUUAAGAAGACAGAUUGUAUGAAAACCAUGUAUGUUAUACGGGAUUUAAUCUUCUAAUGUAUAAGGUAUUGCUCUAUCGGAGAGCGAGGCGGGGGCGGACUGCGUGCUGUGUGCAGGCAACACUUCAAUUUGGUGCGAUGUCUCGCGGCGAACAAGUUCCUCGUGUGGGCUGCUCUGCAUCCUGAGCUGGCCACGACAUGGGCCGCGAGUACAUUCCCAUCAAAUUAUAGUUUUCAUUGACGUGUUUUUUGCAAAAAAAUCUGCUCCAUGAAUUACUUGUUUGAUAACAAAAGUGUUACAGCUCGUUCGGCCCCCCUAUGUAUUAGGAAAUAAAAUGUACCUAUAGUAAAUUGAAAUAUGGUUAGCUUGAAUCUAUUGUAUCGGCUUACGUGGGCAAACUGCACUCGCGGUGGUUGUCGUUCGUUGUGUUAGUUUAUUAUUGUUUUAGUGAAUCUGAGUUAACUAGUGUCGACAGUUGCUUUCGCUACGGGCAGUGCGCACUUGUCGUGGCGGUAAUUUGUUGUAACGUCUGCGAGGAACAGUUUGUCCGGUGGCUCUCGUUAUUGUUUCGCGAUAAUGUAGGCUCGUGUGUAUUGCGUAAUCAGCGCCACAACUUUCUCCCGGUAAACUAAACUAAAGCAUAAUAAACUACUAAGUAACUUACUAUACGGCUAGACAUAAAUUUUCACGUUUGUACUUAGGGUUAAAUAGAAAUAAGUCUUCUAAAUAUCCUAAAAUUUGAAGCUUCAAACAAAAAUUUUCUAGUAAUGGCGUGGACAGUAGACAUUAAUUAAGGUACUGAUAUAAUUAUAGAUAACGUUGACUGGAAUAUGAGUCUGAAAUUAAUUACUUAAGAUGGGAAAAUUAUUGUUUGAAGUGUAAGUGUCGGAAGACAGUCAAGUGUCAGUAGGUUUACAUUAAGUAUAUCGAGUGUGUUUUAAGUUCGGUGUAAGGACGCUCGCACAGGCACGACUUUCGCAUUAGUAGCCGUCUUUCCCUUUAUAGAGUAAGUGAACGAUUAAUGUUACGAAUAUUCUUGUUACGCGACACGUUACGUGUGUCGUCAUCGCCUUAAGUCAUUUGUCCCACAGUACAAAAAUGUAGUGAAAACCCUGUCCGGUGUAAAGGGGAUGUAUUGUUAUAUUUUUUUAUCGUAAUCUUAAAGAUAUGCAUUAAUGUCGUAAUUAUAAACAUAUAAUGUCACAGAGAGUAGUCGUAAAGUAAGAUGGCGUCUAUUUUAGUAUUCCGCUUAUUGUAAAUGGCCUAAACUUACAUAGGUAUCUGAUUACCUAGUGCAAUGUUUCUAUCGGUAGGCACAUUAUUUCUAACGCUAAUUACGUACUAAAUACAUCCCUCGUAGAUCGGUCAGGUUUUCUAUUACACACUGUUUUUUACGAAUACUUGAAAGCUCAGAAGCAUUAUAGAGUAAAUUAAUAGGUAAUUCUGGUAUAACCAUAGCGUAACUUUUCUACUAGUUGUAAUCACAUUUAUUCCACUUAAAGUGAAUUUAUUGAUAUUCAGCAUUUUGUAGUUUGAAGCCAAGCUUCUAUUAGGCUAAAUACAGACUUGUGUAACUCGUAACGUAACGUAACCGUGUAACAAUGGGUGUCCAUCGAACAGAACUGAUUCAUUCAUGUUCGUACGUCUGUAGUAGUAGCGGGUCGCUCCAUCUAAUCAAUAUCUCUCACUGCCAUAUUUUAAGUUGUUAGUGCAAACGUUUUUGUUUACCACCCAUGGUCACCGUUCGCCACUGAUGAUGUUACACGUUGCACAAGCGUGUACUCACUGUAACUUACACGAUAACUUAUUGCAGUUAACGCAUUUCAAGUGUACAUAAAUAGACUAAAGUUAUUUUCUUAAUACAGGAAUGUAAAUAACAUAGAGUGAAUUGUUUACCUUAAUGUAAUGUAAUAAGAUAAUCACGUACCUAUAUCUUGAAGUUAGUCGAAAUAGUCGAAGCGAAAGCCGUGCCGCGCUCCGCGUCAUAAUUAGGUAAAUGUGCAGUGUCUCGCGUCUUCACGGUGUUGACGAAUUCCACAUUAUUAUGAAUUAAUCAUAAAUAUUUAUCUUUUCCAGUAAAUAAGUGAUGGAAUUUAACAUUUACUUUUUGUUCAGUGCCAUUAUUAAAGUAUUACGUUAUUUUUAAAAUAAUGUGUUGCAUGAAAUGCAUUUUUUUAUCAUUAUUAUACAUUUCAAAUAGUUUUCUUGAUUUCGGUCACAGUAUGUUUUUUAGCUGACAACGAAUCUCAUAAUUAUAGUAAAUACUGUUUCUAUUGUCGUAUGGAACUAGAUAACGGGUUUGCAAAGCAACUCCCUUCUUGCGUAUAAUGUACUCGUAGAGUGCAGCGGAUAUACCUGUCGUGAGUUAGGGGCCGUAUAUUGGUGUCUCAGAACUCUUGUCCGGGGCCGACGUCUGAUGGAAGGUACGCUGAUCUCAGGACUUAACCCAUAACUGCAAGUUACCUUUAUUUAAUGAAGCCGUACCAUUUCGUCAGACUAGUCGAGAGUAAUGAACAGCGAGACCCGAGGUCGUUAUUGUACAACUGAGCUGAAAGCUGCUGAAGCAUUACUUAAUUUUAUUAUUGCACCUACUUUUGGUAUAAUUUGGUUAUAAUUAAUUUUUAAAAUUAUUUUUUUAUUUGUAACAGUUCUGUGGAUUCCCGACAUUUGUUUACUUGUUUUCUUAUUAAAAACUAAAGCGAGCUGAUACGUACAGUCAUCAUUUGCCAUGUCACAAAGUUAGCAGAAUGCUAUGGACUUGCAAGUAAACAGGCUUUACGGAUGAUCACAGAACCAAGUCAUACCUAUACUUUAUCGUAAAGCGAUGUGUAUUUUGUGAGAUCUGCUAGUUGCUAGCAGUAUAAUUGUGGUUUUGUGAUAAAUACAAUAAAAUUGAGAACUAAAUGAUAUUCGAACUUAAUGAUAAUUUUAUACAAGUUUUUGAUCACGAGGAUUGUAAAAGCAUUCGAAACUUUUCAGUAGUUGAGACACGUCACGAUGUUGUGUGAAGAGUGUGAGAGCGAACGUCACACUAAAACUGCAUAAUAAUGAUACAAUUAUGAGAUUUUAGCGAAUGUAAUAAGCCAUUUUCGUGCUAUUUUUGUAACUUUAUCUAGAAGCUUGUGUUGUGUUAGUCUUAGUGUAGGUAAUUAUAUGUAUACAUUCAUCUGCCCUUCCAUGUCAAGUCCGUGUCUCCCGUAGACAAGGGCACACAACAUUAUUGUUAAUUCGUAGACGAGUCAGUAAAUGUUUUAAAUUGAACAGGCAGCUGUCGAACUGUCACGUUCAGCUGUGACACGACUGUUCUAUUGGUAGUUAGCACACAUCCAGUGCGCGACGUCCACUUGCUAGAUCUUCGCGCAUUCUGACGUUGGCGACCUCCACCUGCCAAAUGUAUUACGGAACUAGCAAGUGGGCAUCGCGCACUGGACUGGUCACAUCUCCGUCAGCAAAGGGUUGAUGAAUGGCAUUGUCAAUAUCAAUGUGUAACAGUAAGUAGAAUUUUUGUACACAUGACUCGCGGGGCGCCGGAACUGGGUCACUCCGGCACUAGCGCUCCGCGAGCCAUUUAGUGGUGUUCAAAAAUCAACCAUAAACUACCUCUUUUUUGUAAAGUUUUUAAGACUGACGGAAGGAGUAACCAUGAAUGGUGGAAAUGGUGGUUUGAUCACCGCUUUAGAAGCCUGUUGUCUACUAUUUUAUUUAAUUUUUAGUUUUCCCUAGAUCGUAACGUUAGAAGCGUCCAUAACACUGUCACGUUUAGUUUGACUUGAGCAAUGCAUAUUUACACCAUAUAUUCAUGUAGUGUAGUCCAGCUUACAAAUUGAAAUAGCGAGUGGACAACAGUCUUGUUCUGUAGUAUAAGUGUCUGGCGGGGGUACCUGCGGACGGGGCCGCCAGCCGCGCCGGCCAACCGCUGCACUAGUGGUCGGGCGCGGGGGACGGAUGUGCACGGAGUGGUCCUCAGGUAUUGCCACUAGUUUAUAUAUCUUAUCUUAGCUUACGUAAUUAUUGUAAUCAUCUCUUAAAUGUGUGUAAUGAGACUGAAUUUUUUAGAUUGUUCCUAUAUUUUAAUUUAAACUUUUUUAUUGCGUACCGUAUUUCAUUUUAUUUGAUUUUACCUUUGGUAAAUAAAUAUUCAUUCAUCAUUA